CACAUUUAAACAACCAUGUAAAUCCUUUUUUAACGCUCACGCUUUCUUUCACUUAGAGUUUCAGAUAGCCUGCAUUCGAAUUCGAAAACUACAGUGUUUAUAGCUCGACCACUUUGAACAUUUAAAGCAUUAUCUAUCUUUAUAGGAUCCCCUUUUUGUUUUUUAUACAAGCUUACUUCUGCCAAGUUCCAAAUGGAUAAUAUUUUCAUUUUGGCACUUUCCCUGGCAACUAUCAGGUUUUCUAACGCAGAAAUUGCGCUGGUCGAAUACGAAGAUGCCACGAACUCCAGUGGUAUCGCAAUUGGCAUUACAAUGACAUUCACCCCAGGCACUCUGUACCGAGAUGAGUCAGUGGUCUUUCAGCUGAACAGUGAAGGCUGGUUUUUCGACAAUGGUUACACAGAUGGCCAACCAGGAUAUGGACUGGAACAGGGAAGAGCUUACAGCUACCGACUGGAAGACAACAUCGGCAGAGAUAUCACCGAAAUCUUUUGCACUCAUCCUGCUCCUGCUUAUGAUCUGAGGACCACUAUGUUGAAUGAAACCCUUGCGCUCGUUGUGCACACCAGGAUUCCUGCAUCCCUUGCGAGUAGCUAUUACAUAGGAUUGCUUGAGCUUGAUAAAUAUUUCGACUUCUUCGAAGGUCAUGAUGACUUCAUUUUAGAUCCUGCUCCUGCUUAUGAUCUGAGGACCACUAUGUUGAAUGAAACCCUUGCGCUCGUUGUGCACACCAGGAUUCCUGCAUCCCUUGCGAGUGGCUAUUACAUAGGAUUGCUUGAGCUUGAUAAAUAUUUCGACUACUUCGAUGACAAUCCCUUCAAACUUUCUGUAGGAACCCAGGUGCCUGUCAACGUUAGUUUCACCAACUUAACUUUCGUCAUAACACAAGCCCACAUUUGCCCAAAAACGGAACCAGUGGAACAAAGGAGUGAAUACGCUAUCUCAAACACGAUCCGAACACGCCCCAAUGAUGUUGGUCUGUCCACAUCACAGCAAACUACCCAGACUUCAAUCGAAUUGAAUUUGGCCACUCAAGAUUCCGGAUAUGGACUGGACUACAUUCUUUACCGUGACGAUGUCGGGGUGAAAACUUUUUCGUACCCCCUCUACUCUGGCUUGGACGAACCUUGGACUGACACAGACUUGUCUCCGGGAAUUAAAUACAAGUUCCAGUUGAAAGCUGAAGAUUCGUUCAGUGGAAUAACUGUGAUGUCAGAUUAUGUCAUUGUCUGCACUAACCCACCCGACCCGAUCCAAUUGGUAUGCAGCUUGAAUGCUGAAACAAUGAUGGCCGAGAUCAAUUGGGAAAUUCCUCAGGGGAAUUACGGAGCCAAUCUUGAAUCUCAAAUCAGCAAGGAUGUCAAUAAUCAGCCAAUCCACGUAGCCGGUGGAACUGCAUACAGCUGGCCUGCGUCCCUGGACCCCAGUGCCAGUCACUCAUUUUCAGCCCGGCUUUUCUUCACUUGCCCAACUGGUGAUGCAGGUGCGAAAUAUAGUAACUGGGUGUCUGUAUCAGUGGAGGCUGCUACGCCUGUCUUGUCCGUCGUACUUCUGAAUCAAUCGACCGUUUCAAUCAAUCUACAGCACUUUCAAAACUACAGAAACAUCAGGCUGUUCAUAGAUGGUAUUAUGAGAGAUCCUCAACCAUCUGUUUUUCCUUUGAAAAUUAGUGGCUUGGAAGCCAACAGAAUCUACGUUUUUGAAGCGCAGGCAACUCAGUUUUCACAAGACGUCCAGAGCAACUCUGUUUCGUUGCAGACUCCAUAUGUAGAGCAAUUUGUGUGUCCUGCUCCGUCGCAGCCGGAAAGAGUCAGUUUCGAGCCAAUUGGCAGCAAUGGUAUCAAACUCAAUUGGCUGGCAGCACCAGUUCCCACUUACGAAGACAGAAGUCCUGAUUCGGAAGUAUUCUACGAAGUCAAGAUCUCCGGAGGUCGAACAGAAACUGGAAUCACCAAAAACAUGUUUGACUGGCCCGAACAACUGGCAUCAAUGACUCUCUACAUACUUUCAGUCAGAUCUGCUUUCCUUUGCGAGCAAAACAAUGAGAAGACAGUUUCAAAUUGGGUUCAAAUUAACGCGUACACAGCUCCGGCCAAGCCCAAUUUCAUCAUUUUGGAAGAAGGCGAGGACUUUGUUGAGCUUCAACUGGAAAACUAUCGACAGUAUGAUUCCGUUACUUUGUUCGUGGAUGGGCAGACGAUUGCGAGUAACCCUCAGUUUUGGCCAUUUGUACUGCGAGACCUGAACAACGGACGAGACUACAAGUUAGCGGUUGUUGUGGAGAAAUUCGGUCUUCAUACAGACAGUGAUGUCUUGACUUGGCCAACUGAGCGACCGGUGAAUACGGCGUCAGCAAGAACUGGAAACUCAGAUGAGUCCAACUUGGCCCCAAUUAUUGGCUCUGUCGUGGGAGGCCUGGUGGCACUGAUCCUUUUGGCUGUUCUGGUGGUUGCAAUUAUAUUCCUUUGUCGAAAGAACGAAGGAGGAUGUGGUGGAAGCAAUCAGGAUGCAAAGACAGUUGACACUGAGUACGAAGAACCCGCUAAUUAUUACAGUACUGCUCUCCAACAAAGCAACUCACCAACUGCACCCAAUUUGUGCAACAACCUGAACUACGCCACAAACCCCAUCAUCACGAACCACAACAACCCAAAUAUGAACUAUCUUAACGCUGACAAUUUGAAUCCGAAUCAGGAAUACGAUAACCAAAAAUACCUUCCUGAUUAUGACGGAUACCAAAAAGAGACUCACCCUUCUGCUGAUGACAACCAAUCUUUGUAUGUGACAGCCCCACCUGUUGAGGUCCAGGACAAUGUGUACAUUGCUGUUCAGCCUAACAACAAUGCUGAUGCUGAUACCAAACAAGAGGAGCCAAAUGCGUAGUGCAUACGCAUGGUUACGUUGUGCAUAAUUUUGCACGAAAUGGCGUACAACUCGUGUAUAUAAACCGAAAAAAACCUAUGAAUACAAAGAACUUAUCUUACCGUUUAC